AUGUAUGAUUUGCUCCGGAAGAUGGGGUCUAACUUCGCGAUGAGAUUGGACGAGGGAUGCGAUUUGGAGAGCAUCUCGACGAGUUUCGGCGAUUGGGAGGUCUACAAAGCCGGCCAUCCGCGCGAAAGUCGGGCGGGCUUGGUCGGCCUACCGCGUCCCCUCGGCCGGCCCGACCCGCUCUUCUUCCUCGGCUUCGGCGGGCUCGGAGUGGCGUGUCCUCGCAUCCAUUCUCUUCCCCAGUUUGGCUCUACCUUUAAUUGCUCUGGCUCGGCUCAUUCAAAAACUCGCAAAGCUAAUCCUGAUGAUGGUCUUAAGAUAGACUUAUAA